CAGGACAUCUCUUCCCCUGGUGCUAAGUAGUACAGCAGCAGAUGUCCGCGCUCCACCAUCACCAUGUACUCACCCUAUCUUCUGUCUGUCCUGGGUGUCCUUACUGUCAUAGGUUGUGUUGGAGCUCUCACCAUCUCCUCUGCUCAAACACAUGUAACUGGAUAUGAAAAUGACUCCAUCAUACUGGCCGUGUCCUACCAAAUCAGCAAUACUACAGACUGGCUCCAGAUUAGAUGGGAUAUGGUCCAUCCAAAACAUGUGCAUUUGAUCAUCUGCACUGUACAAUCUGGGACCCAACCCAAGCACAGCAUGUUCCCAGAAAAUGGAUACGAAAGCCGGAUGACUAUUAUUCCGGAGAACGGAUCACUGAAUAUUACACACUUGAAGAUGGAGGACAGUGGAACAUACAAGGUGUCCAUGCUGAAUAAUGAACUGGAAAAGGAGAUGCUGAUCAACUUCACAGUCCUACCUGUCAGAACUGAGGAUCCAGCACCUGUUGCAGACACCGGCGGUUAUUGCAUUUGCUCAGGUAACAUCAGCUCUGUGGAUGUUGCCACCUCUGCCUGGAUUCUUCUCGGCAGGCGUCUCUCCUCCAUCUUCAUUGCUGUUCUUGUUUUGCUUGGGAUGCACUUCAAGACCUGGAAUCGCUUUCGGAGAAGGACACUGAAGAUGGUGCCACCAAACCGGCAGCUGUGGUAAGAGUUCAAAUGUAUGGAGAGGAUCUCAGAGAAAAGAUAAGACCUGCCAUGGAUGAAUGUGUCCUUCCUGAGAGGAGCAGUAGAAGAUGAUGAGAAGUCCUCGUGAGGAAGAGGUCAAGGACAGGAGACCUUCCAUGAGCCAUCACCCUUGCUUUCCACAUUCCUGCUUAGCUAAUCUACCUGUUAAGGCAAAGACUUAAUUACUUUAUACGUAGACAUCCUAAACAUUCUGGGGUCUACAAAUCUCUGUGACAAAAACUAAAAAAGAAAAAAUAUGUCUGUAUGAAAAAUAUAAAAAACAACUAAAAUACAAGACAUGUUCUAAA